AUGGCGUUUACCAUUUCCACUCAGCCUACUACCCCUUACGAGGGACAAAAGCCUGGGACCUCGGGUCUGAGGAAGAAGGUCACGGUCUUCCAACAGCCGAAUUACCUGGCGAAUUUCGUCCAGGCAACCUUCAAUUCGCUUCCCGCUGACAAGAUUCAGGGCUGCACUCUCGUGGUUUCCGGCGACGGUCGGUACUAUUCGAAGGACGCGGUUCAGAUCAUCGCCAAGCUCGCAGCCGGUAAUGGAGUUCGCCGGAUCUGGGUGGGUCAGGACAGUCUCCUCUCCACGCCAGCUGUGUCUGGAAUCAUCCGCGAUCGCGUCGGCAUCCAGGGGGACAAGGCGUACGGAGCGUUCAUCCUCACAGCGAGCCACAACCCCGGUGGGCCGCUUGAGGACUUUGGCAUCAAGUACAACUGCGAGAACGGAGGGCCGGCUCCCGAAGGCCUGACCAACCAGAUCUACCAGCACACCACUACCAUCUCCGAGCUCAAGAUCGCUGAAGGGCUGCCCGAGGUACUUUA